UGGUUUUGCUUCGUCGUGAAAUGGAAUUCGAAGCUGAUUUGGAAUGCGCCAUUCCAUUCCGACUUUUCAAGUGAUUCCCGGGACAAUGUAUGAUUGUGAAGUCAGCACUGCGCAGCAAAUCGAAGGGAGGUGGUCGUGUUCAUAGGUGGACUGGAGGUUCAUCGUUUUAUAGUGAACAGAAUUUGUCUCGCUUUCGACCAUCACGGCUAGGCUAACCCUCUUGUGUCACAUGACUCUUCGUCAGGGAAUGUUCGUGCCUAAAGAAGAAACACUUUGAACUGUGACCUCAAGAGUAUGGACAUUAUUGAAGAUCCUAUAAUAAAUGAAAGGUUAAGUAUGAAUGUGCUGUAGUUUACCCUAACUAGUGGAACUGAAGGAGACGAAGAUUUAUUGAACCAUUGCAUUGAAAUAUGAAUGAAUGUUAGAGCUCUUGGCACUAAAUUUGUAGCACUACAAUGACGACAAGUUUUACCUUAAGAAAAGGUAGUUUUUCCUUCAUUUACAAGGUGUGUUUUCUUAGGAACCAGUACUUAAGGAGUCUUGUUUUAGUACUUCCAAGUUUUCUCACUGAAUAAAUUGCUUCCCAAUAUUUAAUGAAGCAGUUUUAUGUCAUUUGUACAUGCUAUCGUGUACCGUGCUUGGUUAAAAAGAAUAUAUUUUACAGUAACACCUCAGCUUAAUUAACUUCUAUAGUUACUUGCUACAUUAUUAUCAUUAUUUCUUGCUGGGCUCAUAAGAGCAUCUGACGACACAGAUUAGAUAGAAGCCUUUUACUUGAUGAGGAAUUAAAAGAGGAUUUCUUACAACAAGAUCCUGUUAGACCGCAAAAAAGUAAAUUGAAUGUUCAAGUGUAAAGUACAGCUUAGUUUAGGUUCGGAACUAUCUGGAAUUGCUGUUAGCUUGAAGAUAUCUACAAAUGAUUCAAGUGUAAGCUAUAAUACUGCAGUAUAGGGUCUUUUUUACUUAUCAGGAAGCCAGACCACCAAACUGUCUCUUCACUGGAGGUGCUACUGUAUCUGAAUGGUUUCUGUGUGUGUGUAUGAUCUAUUUUUUAAUAGAUGUUACAGGUGCUCAAAAUAUUUCCAUAGGAACACAUGGUGCAGUUAGUUGGCUCUUCUGAGUUGUGAGAGUUUUGGAAACAGGAAGUUGUGGCUUUCUGUUGCCUCAAGUUUUAUUAUCCUGAGAUAAAAAGAGGGGAGCUUGACUGCCAUCCCAUAGCAGAUUAAAAGCAGUAUAAAGAGCAGCAUCUGUAAGCAAAAACAACCUAAAAUGAAUUCAGAACUCCACUUAGAAUAUCCUUUGAAAAGUGAAAAUGAAGAUCCGUUAUCCACUCAUCCCGAAAACAGUGAUUUGGUGGGCUGCGGCAUAGCUAGUGAUGAUAGCUGUUUGUCUGUCAAUCCCGCCAUCAAGACAGAACCGGAGACAGACAGAUUUGAUGAAGUUGACGAGAAUUAUUCAUGCAAGGUCGAACCAGUGGGGAGUGAGGAAAAGUCGCCAACUUGCAAAACGGAAGUUUGCGAAGGAGGGGGUGUUUUUAUAUGGACAGGCGUCCGGGAUGAAUGUGGUAUUCCUUUGGAAGACAGUAGAAAGCAGAAAAGGAGAGACAAAAAUCAGCAGAAGGUGCAAAAUGAAGGGGAAAUGGAUAACCACAGUGGAGAGAAACCAUUUAUGUGUGAGAAUUGUGGGAAGCAGUUUGGGCAUAAAUGUGCCCUGAAAACUCACAUGCUGAUACACACUGGGGAGAAACCUUACAGUUGCACUGAGUGUGGAAAAGGAUUCUCCCACAAAAUCAGUCUCCGAAGUCACAUGAGUAUUCACACGGGCCAAAAACCGUUCCAGUGCACUGAGUGUGGGAAGUCCUUCAACCACAAAAUCAGUCUCAAGAGUCACUUAAACAGCCAUACGGGAGAGAAGCCUUUCAAGUGUGGGGAAUGUGGGAAAGCCUUCUUCGAGAAGAGCGGUCUGAGGCGACACGUGAGCAACCACACGGACGAGAGAGUCUUCAGGUGCGGAGAGUGCGGCAAAGCCUUUUCCCAGAAGGUGAUCCUCGCCAGUCACAUGAGAAUCCACACGGGAGAAAAGCCGUUCGGCUGCAGCCAGUGCGGGAAGGCCUUCUCUCACAAGAGUAACCUCACGAAUCACGUCAGGAUCCACACGGGAGAAAAGCCCUUCAGCUGCAGCGAAUGCGGCAAGUCCUUUGCUGAGAAGAGCAGCCUCAGGAUUCACAUGAACGGCCACACGGGCACGAAGCCCUUUGUCUGCGGGACGUGCGGGAAGGCUUUUUCCCAGAAGAUCCACCUGACACACCACUUGAGGAUCCAUACGGGAGAAAGGCCAUUCAGGUGCAGCGAAUGCAAGAAGGCUUUCGCCCACAAGACAAAUCUUACCAAUCACAUGAGGACGCACACUGGGGAGAAGCCCUUCGAGUGCGGUACGUGCGGGAAGGCCUUCUCUCACAAGAGCCAUCUCCGAGGUCACAUGAGAAUUCAUACUGGGGAAAAGCCAUUUAGCUGUAGUGUUUGUGGGCGAUCGUUUACUCACAAGAGCCACGUCAGAAGCCAUAUGAAUACUCACUUGGGUGAGAAGCCUUAGGAAAUGUGGGAAUGCGCAUUUUCCGGAAGAUGGCCUCAUCAGAACAUCUGACGAUUCAGGCUGGAUAGAAGCCUUUUACUUGAUGUGAUUGUAAAAGCAUUUCUCACAAGAUACCUCAAAGACUGUGAAAAGUAAAAGGCACAAUAUAAGCAGUAUCCUCCUAAGAGCUCACUCAGGAAGAAUAUGUUGGUUUUUGCAUAUAAUUUGCAAGGUGAUUUUGCCCCCAUAAGAUACUGAAAACUACCAGAGAAGAGAAGAGCAUCUUCAAACAGAAUACCCAUUGAAAAGCAUCAAAUUUCUCUCAGGAGAGAUGCCUCUGUCAGAGAAGCAGUAUCUGAGGGAGUUUAAGAAGGCAUUGGAGUUGCUAUAGAACAAUGGCAGUAAACCAUAUCAGGCAUUGCAAGUGUAUUGUUUGAAUUUUCUGUUCCCUCAUAUUUAUUUAUCACCUUUUCCUCUAACUUGUCUUCACUAUAGGCAUUACUUAAGGUUCUUUGCAAUGUCCCUUUUGGCCCCUUGCUGCAACUCCUUUCAUUCCUUGUAGUGUGCCUCUGUUCGUAUUUUUUAUCUGACUUUCCACCACUUCUAACAACUGAUUCAUAGUGCAAACGCGAGGUUAUCCUCCAGUUACACCUUUUGAACUCUUGUACUGUCAAUUUCUGUUUCUGCACUGUCUUCAUAGGUGCCAGUGCUCGGCCUUUAGCCAAAAUUCUAUCACUAUUCUAUAACUUAUCUUUGUUGUUAGAUUUCCCUUUGGAGCCCUCUAUGUUUUAUAGCCUGUUGACUCUGUCUGUAUGAGUUUUGAGGGGCGCUCAGAUCUACUUGCUUUAGUCACCAAUAUCCAUUUCCUUGCUUACCCAGGUGUCAUAUGGUUGAAGAAGGUUACUUGAGUGUUGAUCAUGUAUGUGAGAAUUUUUGUUAAAUACUCUGAAAUUUGUAUAUUCACAAACAUUGGGGAAUAUACAGGGGAAUUAUGAAUGAUAGGUGCAUCAAAUCCCACUGGUGGCAAAGCACUUAUUUAUAAUUCCUCUUGGGGUGUAGGUUAUUCUCUAGGUACUGCAUAGUGAAUUGGAUAUUGAACGACAUCGAUGGCUUAAUAUUAUGUGCAUAUAUGUUGGUUCCUUGGACAUUGUGCGAAAGUGCUAUGACAUGAAAAGGUAAUUUGCAGAAGUCUCAGGAGACAGAAACAGCAGGGAAAUAUGUCGUGGAGAAGAAGUAGGAGUACUGUAGUGAAACUGAAACCAUACAAUAGGACAGGCAAGGCUAAGAAAUCUGUUAUGUUUUAUGCUGGCCAAAACAGUGUCAGUUUUUUUAAACUAGGUGAGAAUGGUUUCAUUUGACAAGUGUUCUGUUUUGUGCAUCUUACUUUGCUAGACUGUUUCCUGAACACGGCAGUGGGCAAAUAAAACCACAAAUAAUUUGUUGUGUCAGAACCAAUGUUCUGUAUCAUUUGGCAAAUUUAAUUAGGAAUGAAUUAGUGAGCCACCAUCUUGUCACCAUUAAAUGAGUCAUUAUUAUCAGUCUCUUGGAUGGGAAUAUCCAAGAUGUUGAAGAAAAUUAAUCAAAAUGCAGACAGGCUCAUAUUCUCAUUUGACCAGGAGACAAUGUACUGGAAAAAAAGUAUCGUCUGAAAGGUUGCUUUACCAGCGCUGAAUUUGGUUAGGCCGUACCUUCCAGAGUUGACCAAAACAUACGACUUUUGGUAAAUCAAGGUACUCAGGAGUUUUCUAGGUAAAGCAUAGAGGAGAGCGGAUUUUCUACUUUCUCUAUGUGAUGCCCAUUAACAAAAUUGGAGGCAGGGACUGCUUGGGAGUGAAUCAAAUAUAUUUAUCAACCAGACUCCUUUCAUAGUAUUGCUUAACUUUACUGAUUGGAACAGUGAAUAUGUCUUAGUCACUGUCAGUGUUUUGACUGAGAGAGCAAUGACAUUCUGCAAAGAUGUCCUGUUAGAACCAAUAGAGGCCUGCAGGAGUCUUGUACUCGGAUUUAUUGGUCUAGGCUGUUUCCCCCUCAGAAUGAGGCUGAAAGUACAAGCUCCUAGAAUGAGAGUCAAUUCUGUUUGACUUAAUUAAUAUGGUUAUAGGCCAAGCAGAUUAACACCUCUUUUCUUACCACUAUAAUUAUGACACCUCUGUGACUGAGGUUUGACUGAAAGGCACCUGGAUGGGAAAGACAUACUAUUUGUUGUAAAUUCCUCCUCUUUUGGAUAGACACCUCUGACGGAGGUAGGGAAUUUGACGCAAGCUGCAUUGACACUCCGAGGGAUUUAAAACGCAAUAUCACAGUCAUGAUAACCACAUGUCCAAGAAUUUGAGCAUUGUUGAAAAACAAAUAGUUCAAGAUGAUUCUUGUGAUAUCAUCAUUAGCUCUGAACGUUAUGGGCAGUGAAUUUUUAGCCAGUGGACCCUUUUUCUUAUAAGUACCAAAGUAAUAAGGUGCUAGGUGUUUAAGUUUCCUGGCAUCAUUUGAAAAAGAUUCAACUGGAUUUUUACAAGAGUCAUGGAUGAGAAAAAAUUCAUAUUUCAAUCUAAUUUCUGUCAGUCGUGCCAAGCCCUGCCAUCAACUUUGUAAUUCAGUUGCGUCAAAGCGUUGAUGUAACUUGCAUUUGUAUUCUAUUUAUGAAAGAUACUGAUUAAUUUGAUGUUUUAUAUGUGUAAUACUAUAAUUCCCAAUAAAUUAUUUUUAUAGC